UGAGUGGGUCAGAAAUCCCCAAAUUUGUCAAGAAUGAAUAAGGCAGAGGUUGUGAUUCUGAAUGUUGGGGGUAUAAAGUACUCCACAUAUGCAGGCACCCUCAAGAGGUACCACGAUUCCAGGUUAGCACAAGCGUUGGAAGGAGGUGAUCCCGAUUUCCGAAUAAUCAACGGACAAAUUUUCAUUGACAGGGAUGGUAGUCUGUUUCGGUACAUUCUGGAUUUCUUGAGAACUCGACAGCUCGAUCUCCCUUCUGCAUUCUCGGAUCACGACAGGCUGGUGAGGGAGGCAGAAUUCUACAAUUUGCCUUUCUUGGUUGAACUUGUCAAGCAGGAUCGGCUGAAACAAAAGUUGGAAAUCUUGGAGGUGAGAUACUCCCUGCAGGAAACCUACUCCUUCUUCAGAGUUUUCUGUUCCUGUAAUAGUACCAUUGAAACAUUAGCUGGACGUAUUAUGGUGUUUGCAGAACAGCCUGGCCAGAAUUGGAAUCAUUCCUCAGUUCAGAAACCCUUGGUUUUGAUUCCAUUGCAGAGACCUUCUCACCACGAUCUCGUCUUUCAAUGUGGAACUGACUAUUCAGUUGGAGAUGAGCUUUCAACAAGGUAUGUAUCUAUCCAGCCAGAUGAAAGAAAACUUACCAAUGGCUCUAAUGUCCUGGGAUUACUCAUAGACACUUUACUGAGGGAAGGUUUUUGCCUUAUAAGCACGAGGACAGUCUCUCCUACUGAGAAGAUUGAAUGUUACACAUUCGAACGAAACAGAAGAACUGAGUAUCUCGGUGCAUCUAUUGGGCAAGGAGAAACAAGUACCAACAUAGUUCGUUUUCAAGCAGAAAUGCCACAGAAUAGGAGGAACUACAAAAUAUAGGAACUAUUAAUGAGCGGGAGAACAGAUUGCAACGGGACCUAUUUUUUGGUCUCAUGACAAGAUGAACUUUAUUUUGGCUUAGGUAAUGCCUUGGAAGCCAAAAUUAACACGGGAGGUGGGGGAAACGGUAGAUACUAAAAAUCUAAAAUAAAAACAGAAAAGGCUGGAGAUACUCAGAAAAAAAAGUCAGUAUAUGGAGGGAGAAAACAGUUAACCGUUGAAACAGACGCUCUUUUAUCGAAUGAUAUGAAACUACUUUCUCCAGUAGGCGCUGAGCAUAGUCCCCCCACCCCCAAACUUUAACCAGAACAUCAGCAGGGCAAAACCUAGAAGUUUUAGAAAUUGGCAAAUAGCAGCUUAAACAGCAAGAGUUCUGCAAGAAUCUCAUUGGCGUGGAAGAGGUAGCAGUGAAAAUAUUUCACUUUUGGCAUCUCUGCUGUAUGGAAAGCAAACAACAUCAUCACUUGGCUUUAAUAAUUAACAACAAUUAGUACUUUAAUAGGCUCCAGUAUUGUGAAAUUUGGCUUCAGCUGCAAUUACAACUUACUCAAAUCAAUGAAGAUGUGCAAAUCACACAAUAUCUCUCACUCCAUGCAAAGAGAAAUUAAUGAUUAAUGAACGUACUGAAUUUAAUAUAAACUACGCAAUUCAGUUUUACGCAGCGAAUGCGUGUAAAGUAGUUAUCAUUGAUUUUACCAGGUCCAAGAUUCACACAUGUAUCACAAUCUAUUUCCUUCGAGUGACCUUGAUGGGUGCAAAAGUUGGAGGAAAUUUAAUGGCACGCUGCUGAUUGGAAGAAAAUUAGAUAGACCCCCCCCCCCCCCGACAAACCGCAUUCCUAAUCCACGGGACAAUCCAAUGACCAAUUAACCUACUUAGUGUGUCUUUGGAAUGUGGGAGGAAACCCACGCAUUCCAUGGGGAGGACGAAUAGGCAGACUCCUCGGAGAACAGCGACAGAAUUGAACUCCGAGUUUCAGAACUCUUCGAGCUGUAAUAGCAUUGCGCGGGUAUUGUCUUAAUCUGCUUUAAAAUGCAGGGAACACGGGAACCUUGAUGGUGUUCACAUCAUUAAAUAGAACCACCGAAAGAGAUGGUAAAUUCCAUUAACUCUGAUGAAAAAUGCACGGGAUGGUGAUACGUGGUGGUGAUGGGAGUACCGAAUACACAUGGAAUACCUCGAGGGAAGGAGACGUAUCGAGCCAACACAGUAUGGGUCAUCCGUGUAUGCAGUGCAAGCGGGAACACAGGCAAAGAACGGAUGAUGUGGGCCGAGAUACUUGCACUUUGUCAGGCACAUCAUAUAUCUUUUAAGUUUCACAACACCUUUUACUGUGUAGAUCAGAUUUUACUGCUAUUACCAAUACUUCUAGACUUUUGGAAGACGCAGUCUGUUCCCGGCCGAGAUCAUAUUAGAAUCGAGCAAGAAUCUGUCAAGAGAGUAAGAUUUUGGAUGGUCUGUAGGGAAACAGAAAGAAUGCACAUUCGGUUCUUAAAAUAGAGUCGCAUCUAUGCUCUUUCACAGCAGUCAGGCAGGUCGUCAAUGUGCCGUGCAUUUCCAAGUGUAUCUAAAUUAGUAAUUUAUAUUUCCUAGUGUGCAGAACUCUCAUAAUUCCAGCUUUAAUGAUUCUACGAAUAGCAAGUAAUUGGUGUUUCUAAAGUUUAUCAGUGUUUUAACCAUAAAGGAGAAAUGUUUUACUCCCUUCAAUCCAACGGUGAACUCACGCUCUUUAGUCCAUUCUGAACAGUUAGUUUUAAUUACACAAUUUCUUUCCCCCCACUCAGUUCCCUUUCGAAGGUGCUCCUAGAUGGGUGGGUAAUGCGUGGGUGGAGGUAGAGCAAGGAGCUGAAACAUUGGGGUUGAAUUCAGUUUUUGCAGUAAUGUAGGCAGUACAUCACUCCAUCUUUGGUCCGUUGGAAAUCGCUGCUGUGUUUGUACGAAAAGGAAUUCCAUCAAAAUAAGAAUCCUGUCCCCCUUUCGAUGUGAAGGUUUACUAUUGCUCAGCUGAAGCGAAUUGUUUGAUUCCUGUUAACUAUCCUAGUGACAGUCCCGCUAGAAUUCAACUAUUAUGUGAAUAACAUCGAUAGAGUAUGUAUUAUUUAUAACAUUAACAGGAGGCUGGUCUUCCAUCCAAUAAUAUCAGGGCUGGGGCAGUCUUGGCCACACCACCAUUCUCACGCACUCGCUCCAUACAGUUUGAAUGCCUUAUAAUUCAAGAUUCUAAGUGUAUUGAUGCCCUGGUUAGGAUUUCUACUACUAUGCUGUGAGGUAACUUAUUUUUAGCAAUCUUCUGCAAAAGCAGCAUGUUCUGCCUAGCUUGCUGUGUUCUACCAGCAUUUUCUGUGUGUUGUUGUUUGAAUUUCCAGUAUCUGCAGAUUUCCUCGUACGUUCUGCUAUUAAGUGUUUUGCUUUUGGCUAAAGAUAAGGAGCCAUGUUGUCCAACUUAUGAAUAAUGUGUCCACCAAUCAGGAUUGUCUUGGUAAGUGUUGAAACUUUCAGCCCAGUGUGAUGGGAUGGCAUGGAAUAUUCAAGAGAGCCAGACAGGAUCAGAUUUCUUAAGGAGAGUAUUUUGGUUUGGGGUCUUAUGAUGGGAGUGGUGGAGUGGAGCACAAGGGAAAAUGCCUAGAGAGAAUGCUGCCUGAAUGAGAAACCACAUUGUAAGGAGGGCUUUGUGCUGAUGAGUGGUUCCAAGGAGGAAGUGCUAGUACUCUCGUGUUAGCCAGUUCGUUUGAGAUGGUCUUCGAGGUAAGUUCAAACUGUGGCUGGUGUUGUUCACACAGAACAUGGGUUUGGUAUGUGAGUACAGUGAUAUACUUGACUACUUCAGAAAUGAGCUCCAAUGUUUAUGUGCACAUUUGACUGGUUUAACUAUAAUGGUCCCUUUUCUUUUCCUGUUAACUGUUAACAUUGAAAAUUGGUAAAUAAGCUUUAUAUUUUCAUGCUGGUGUACAAUCUGUCUUUUUUGUCUACUAAUAUUGUGUCAGCAGUAUUUAUAAAGUGUUUGCUACACUCAAUGUUCCUUAAUCUGAACAUCCCAACUGUCCUGUUUGGUUAAACACCAAAUCAUACCCACCCUAGAUGUAUAUUGCUUAUGAAAGGUGGCCUUCUCACUGAUGAGUCACAUGGCUGUUAGCAAAGUUAGUUAAUGAGCCAAGUUUGUAUAUGAGAAACAAUGAGAGGGGUCAAUCAUAAAAAUACAUGGCAUCUUCAAUGAAAUGAUUUUUUUUCCUGCAUGAUUCCCAGGUGCAGGGUGAAUCACUGCAGACAUUUCCUGUCACAUGUGUUACUGCAGUUAGUUCUGAGGGAGGUGCUGAGUCACUAAUUACUGAACUACACAAAACUAAACCUUGCAUACGCAUUUCCGUAGUGAUCCCAUGACAGACCUGACCCAUGAAUCGAAUUUAUGGCAUAGUGAAGGUUUAGUAACUCUGUUUUGGAGUGAUCUGUUGGACGGGCAAUUCUUAAAAAAAAAUACAAACAAGCCAUAAUUAUUAAAGGAAAUAUUCAAAUCAAAUACAAGAGUUCUGUGGAUCAGUUAGAAAUAAUAUCUUCAUUCACAAUCUAAAAGAUGCCUGCUUCCAGUAUUAUCCCCAAACAGUACAAAAAUGUGAGGCCCACAAGACAAAUACUCAAGUAUAAAGUGAAAAAUAAUACAUGUCCCUUGCAUUCAGCUAUCAUCAUUGGUACUGUACAACAGUCAAUGAUUAAUAUGCAAACAAUACAACCUCAAAUUCAAAAGAUGCAUCAAAUGGGUGCCCCUUAAAAACUUAAAUAGGCACUGCUUUGAAAUCUAUAUAUGAUCACAAAAUUAUUCAUUUUAUCUAAGUGUUUGGGAAUAGUAGAUCAUAAUUUUGCUCUGGUCAUGAAUGUGGCCAUUCUCAUUAUACUCUGGUUAGAGUUAAGUGGAUGGCUACCAAACGAGGUUAAAUAGAGAUUCUAUUCUCUAAAUGUGUACAAUAAAGCCUUUUCAGAUUGAUUCACCAAUUUAAAUUUAUAAUGGCUGCAUUCAUGUAAAUAUCACGGGUUACCAGUAAUUUGAAUGAAUUAUGUGUUUUAUCAUUGUGAAUAUCUAUCAAGUUGGUGUCUUCAGAGACAGUGUAUCAUCCAUCCCUAUAUCUGUCCAGUGAGCGAAGUAUCCAUGGGCUCAAGUUUUUCACAGCUGUCCAUUACAGGAUUUCGGCAGGGACACUUUUUUUUACUGUGCUGCAGACAUUCUGUGAUUCUGCAACUAGGACUCCUCAAAACUAGACAUUAGUUCUUUGAAUGUUAUCAUGAUUAACAAACCCACAAUAUUCUCAAUGUCAAGAAUUAUAUUCUUAUUUUCCAUAAAAAUAUUAAACUAUUUGAUCUUAACAGGUUUCAAUUGUGUUCUCAAUUUAUUAUCCGAAAGAGAAUUCAACAAGAUUAUAUUUAGUCAAGAGACUAUAAAUAAAAGGAUGUAUUGGAAUUACAGUGAAAGUGGAAGAAGUCAAAGCGAAACUGUAGAGACAUUUUAAAAAUGGUCAAUCAAUAAUGCAAAAUAGAGAAUCCAACAGCUUGGACACUAUGGUAGCAUAGCGGUUCGAGCGACAUUGUUACAGCUCAGAGUUCAAUUCUGGUGUAAUCUGUAAGGAGUAUGUACGUCCUUCUGAUGGAAUGAUUGGGACUUCUCUGGGAACUCAGUUUUCCUUCCACAUUCCAAAGAUCUUCCGGGUAGUAGGUUAAUUGGUAAUCAUAAACUGCCCCGAGAUUAAGCCAGGACGGAGGUUGCUGGACAGUGUGGCUCGAAAGGCCUAUUCUGCACUAUAUUUCAAUAAAUAAAUAAAUAAAUAAAUCUUUUAAUUUCAGACCAGAAAACUACCUAUCCGUCUCAGUUACGAGGUGCAUUGACAUCUGUUUAGACUUUGGAGAAUCGAAGUUAAGUCUAAACUGCUCAGAUUAGUUGAGCACAACUAUUCUGGCCAACUCAAAUUUAGGGCAUAGAACAGUACAGAUCCUUCAGCCCUUGAUGUUGUGCCAAUCUUUUAACCUAUUCUAAGAUCAAUCUAACCAUUCCCUCCUACAUUUUCUAUCAUCCACGUGCCUAAGAGUUUUGUAAAUAUACCUAAUGCAUCUGCUUCUACUACCACCCUUGGCAGCGUGUUCCUCGCACCCACCACUCUGCGUAAAAAUUACCUCAACAUUUCCCCCUAAACUUUUCUCCAAUCACCCUAAAAUUAUGCACCCUCAUGUUAGCCAUUUCCAUCCAGGGAAAAAGUCUCUGGCUGUCCACUCGAUCUAUACCUUUAUCAUCUUGUACAGAACCACGCUCGCACUGAGUGGAUGAGAGGUACCUCCAAUUAGUAAGGGCUUUGGCCCCAGACGUCAACUGCUUAUUCCUCUCCAUCGAUGUUGCCUGACCUGCUGAGUUCUUCCAGCAUUUUGAAUUUGUUGCACUAGUUUCCCUCCACCAGGAUGAAAAACUCAGCUUAUU